AUGGCAUCUCAAAACAUCAACAUCACCACCCCAGCCCCCACUCCGUCUGCCUCGAAUUUGUACGGCACGACUCCGGGCGGAACACCACGCAUCUCCUAUACUCGCGAUCAGCUGCUUCAGCUCGCCUCAAGCCCAUUGUCUCGCUCGCCCCCUGCGUUCGAGGUCCCCGCUGCCAUCUCGCGCACGCCCAAGGUGGACCGAGAGGAGGAGCAGCCGCAGCCCAGCGCCAAUGGUCAGAAAGUGACGGAAGACGCGGACGAGAGCGACGACGAAGCGUUCAGGAUGGAUCUGUAA